AUGUCUCGUUUCCCAUCCCUUGGAGCCCUGCUCCUUCCUCUAACCGCUCUGCUCGUCUCGCCCACUCACGCCACCAGCCCCUACACCAGCAGCAUGAGCGAAACGCCAAAAGACAACAAUGCAGACUGUGACUGCUACAUGGUUUCGUCCGGGGCAGAGGCCAAGAAUCCAUCCUAUUUUCAAUACUACCGUUUCUACGACUUUCGCAACCUACCCGGCGCCCUCGACCAAUCACCACCAACGAUCAACCAGUCGCAAAACGCUGCACAACUACCAACAUGGCAGCCCGACUUGUUCAACAGCGAUGCCUGGAACUUCGACUGGGGCAUCCAAAACUGGAGCAAAGAUGCUACCUCUGAUUUCCCUGUACCACUGACCAACUCGCCCGCAAACAUCUAUCUCGGAUCCGAGCAAGACACAUCGUACCUGGCGAUGCGUACAACGCGCGCGUCGUCACACCAAACAGCAGCGGAGAUGGAGAACCAGCAAAAGAACCUGAUGCACGCUUCUCUGCGCAUGUACGGGCGCGUGCAGGGCUCCUCAGGCGCAGUCGCAGGCUUCUUCACCUUCUUCGACGACAACAACGAGUCCGACAUUGAGAUCCUAACCCAAGACCCCAAGGACAAGAUCCGCUACACCAACCAGCCAUCCGUGGACAAAGCAGGCAACGAGAUUGCCGCCGCGUCGCUGGACCCAGCCAACCUGCCCCGAUGGGACGACUGGCACACGCAUCGCAUCGACUGGCUCCCCAAGCAGAGCUACUGGUUCCUCAACGGCGACCAGGUGGCCCAGAAUACCUACUCUGUGCCUCGCAAGCCCAGCUACCUCGUCCUCAACAUGUGGAGCGACGGCGGGGAAUGGAGCGGCAACAUGAGCGUCGGCGACAGUGCAGAGUUUCACAUCCAGUGGAUCGACAUGGCCUUCAACACCAGUGGACCGUACGAGGGUGAGCAACAGCAGGACGACAAAAAGAGAAAUGUAAAGAGGAAGGAAAAGAGCUGCAAGACGGUGUGCAGGAUUGAUGGCGUCAAACAGGUUGGCACCCCAGAGGUCGCCUAUGUUGGUAGUGCAGUCGUCUCCACUGUGUCGUGGAGUCUAAUGGUCGGAGUCGUGGGUGCUGUGUCUGUUUUCAUUAGCAUGUAA